AUGAGUUACUAUGGCCAAGCAAACCAAAUUCAGGGCUCAUCCCUCAAUGCCUCCUUAGCAGCAGUCAGAACUCAGGGGGACAACCGGCUCUAUAAGUGUAGCUUUUGCUCCAAAGUCUUCCGGACCUCACAAGCACUUGGUGGGCAUCAAAAUGCUCAUAGGCGUGAAAUUGAGGCACUGAGAAGGGAUCAUGCAGCCACCCAACACUUCAACCUAAGGGAGACUGAACUUACUCUUGCACCACCAGCAGUGCCAACUGAGCUCAUCAUGGCUUGGCAAGGGUCUAGGUCAUGGCAGGAUCAUCAGCAACCUGGAAAUAAUUCUUCUCAACAAGCUGCUGGCCCUAGUGAUUAUGGAACAGGUGGGAAGAGAUCAGGCUCCAAAUCUAUUGACCUGGAUUUAACAUUGAGGCUCUAA